AUGGCCGCCCCAGCAAACUGCCAACACAACUUCAAGAUGAUCAAGUCCGACACCACCAUCAUGCUCUGGAACUGCAACAUGUGCCAUUCAGGCCCUCAUUCCUUCAUAUAUGAGUGCCAGAACUGCAAGCUCAAGACGUGUCGGCCAUGCACAGCCAAAGCAUAG